GGCCCUGGGGGGCUGCUGCCCCUGGCUGCGCCCUCCCCACCGGCCAGGCUCUGGAAGGACCCAGGAGGUGCCCCCGGCAGCAGCCCAUGGCCCGGAGGUACGAUGAGCUGCCCCACUACCCAGGCAUCGUGGACAGCACCGCAGCCCUGGCCGGCUUCUCGGAGGCGCCCAGAGCCCCCGGGCCCUACGGCUUGCACAGGCCUCCUCAGCCCCCACCCCCCGGGUUGGACAGCGAAGGGCUGAAGAGGGAGAAGGAUGAGAUCUACGGGCUGCCUCUGUACACUUUGCUGGCCCUGGUCUUUGAGAAGUGCGAACUGGCCACCUGCUCUCCCCGAGAUGGGGCUGGGUCUGGGCUGGGCGCACCCCCGGGCGGUGACGUCUGCUCCUCUGAUUCCUUCAAUGAGGACAUCGCUGCCUUUGCCAAGCAGGUGCGAUCAGAGAGGCCCCUUUUCUCCUCCAACCCAGAGCUGGACAAUCUGAUGAUCCAGGCCAUCCAGGUGCUCCGCUUCCACCUGCUGGAGCUGGAGAAGGUCCACGACCUGUGCGACAACUUCUGUCACCGCUACAUCACCUGCCUCAAGGGGAAGAUGCCCAUCGACCUGGUCAUCGAGGAUCAGGACGGCGGCUGCAGGGAGGACCUGGAGGACUACCCGGCCUCCUGCCCCAGCCUCCCCGAGCAGAAUAACACAUGGAUUCGAGACCACGAGGACAGCGGGUCUGUACAUCUGGGGACCCCAGGUCCAUCCAGUGGCGGCCUAGCCUCUCAGAGUGGGGACAACUCCAGCGACCCAGGAGAUGGGCUGGACACAAGCGUGGCCUCUCCCAGUUCUGGGGGGGAAGACGAGGAGCUGGACCAGGAGCGGCGGCGGAACAAGAAGAGGGGCAUCUUCCCCAAGGUGGCCACCAACAUCAUGCGGGCCUGGCUGUUCCAGCACCUCUCGCACCCAUACCCCUCCGAGGAGCAGAAGAAACAGUUGGCACAGGACACGGGGCUCACCAUCCUGCAAGUCAACAACUGGUUCAUUAACGCCCGGAGACGCAUCGUGCAACCCAUGAUCGAUCAAUCCAACCGCACAGGACAGGGUGCGGCCUUCAACCCAGAGGGCCAGCCCAUGACUGGCUACACUGAGACUCAACCCCAUGUGACUGCCCGGCAGCAGGGAUCAGUGGGGAUGAGCUUGAACCUGGAAGGAGAGUGGCAUUACCUGUAGACAUAGCCCAGCCUACCGCCUGUGACCACCAGCCUCACGCCUGGUUCUGGCCCCCGCCUGCCCCGUGGCCUGCCCCGUGGCUCCAGGACCUGCCUCCAAAGGCCCCUCCAUUCAACGCCUACCUCCCUGGGGCCCCACCAGGACUGGGGGCCCUGAGCACCCACUGGAGGGUCUCUCAAGGACACAGACGAGGCCUCCAGGCCCUGAACCCUGGCCCUCCCAUCAGCUCCACCUGGACUCGAGCUGAGAAAGUGGGCCUGGGUCUCCAGAAGCUGGUGGCUGGGGGUCCCCACCUUCAGGACAGAGAAGGGAUUGGGUGGGCUGGGGCUGUCAGGGGAGGAGGGUCACCCAGAUCUGACAUUUUGGGACAAUUCCUUCAUCCUCCCACCCCACUCCUUUUUUGCCCCCCACCUUUCUUCUCUGUUGUCUACCGUUUUUUGUUUUUUUUUUUUUAAUGAUAAAGUCUUUAAAACACAAAGUUACUAGUUGGAGUUCCUGCGUC